AUGAAUGAUACUGAAUUAUUUCACUAUCGCGACUGCACAGAUUCUGAUCGAUUAGACUUUAUCAGUUACAGGAAUGAAUUGGCCAUGCUUUCAGUUACGACCAUAUUACUUCAAUCUCGUGUUCUAGCUUUGAAAAAUGAUGUGAUAAAUCGUGAUACUCCAACGUGGUGGCAACGAUAUGCCCUAAUUUAUCGUGAUGGUCAAGAAAGACUUUAUAAACAUACUCUGGAUGUCAUCAAACAGAAAAAGUUAGAUGUACUGAAUAGGAUGAAAUUGGAAUUAGACAACAAUCGUAUUGCACCAGUGGCUCCAUUUUUGGAUAUUCUCAACCCAGGUUUCUUUGGACAACAUUUGGAUAAUAUCAAGGUAUCAACAUUUGUUCCGCUUGAAUCGGUCACUAUGACAUUAAAAAAAUUAUUAGGGUCUGAUCAAGAAUUUAAAAAUGUCAUCAAUCAACUAUUUGAGGAUAUCCAAGAAGAAUUAGACGUAGUACUUAUGUUGGCUUUAAUCCGAGAAUCUACCAAGAAGAAUAGUAUAUGGAAAUCAUUUAUUCAUGCAACUAAAAAUGAUAGUGCUCAGCAACGUGAUAAAGAAACUCUGAUAGGUUUACAAGAACUCUAUGAUUCUCUGUUCCCCGCAUUCUCUGAUGCCUUCCCUACUGUGUUUGAUCCAAGUAUAUAUACAUUUGAAAACUUGUUAUGGGCUGAAAAUAUCAUUUCCAAUUACACCUUAGAUAAUCCUCUAGUAAUAGUUACUGUAUAG